CAACGCCGCCCUGCGCCGGGGGAGGCCGACGAGGCCUACAGGGCUGCUGCUGCUGCUGCUUCUCCUGCGGCAGGGACCGCAGCGCGGCCAGGCGGAGAACCUCCCGCACGCCGGUCCGGCUCCUCGCCGCCGCCUGCGCUUCCAGCCGGGAUCGCCUCCCGCCUCCUUUUCUCCCCUUGUCUCUGGAUUCUCUACCAGGAGGGGUCAAGUAGGGAUAUGUCCUCAGCACCAACCACUCCUCCAUCAGUGGAUAAAGUAGACGGAUUUUCUCGGAAGUCCGUCAGAAAAGCCAGGCAGAAGAGGUCGCAAAGUUCCUCCCAGUUUCGGUCUCAGGGCAAGCCUAUUGAGUUAACGCCACUGCCUCUGUUAAAAGACGUUCCAUCUUCAGAGCAGGCUGAAUUGUUCCUAAAGAAACUUCAGCAGUGUUGUGUCAUUUUUGACUUCAUGGACACACUUUCAGAUCUUAAAAUGAAAGAAUACAAGCGUUCAACUCUUAACGAACUUGUGGAUUACAUUACAAUAAGCAGAGGCUGUUUGACAGAACAGACUUACCCUGAAGUAGUUAGAAUGGUAUCUUGCAAUAUUUUCCGAACUCUUCCUCCUAGCGAUAGCAAUGAGUUUGAUCCAGAAGAAGAUGAACCCACCCUUGAGGCAUCAUGGCCACAUUUACAGCUUGUAUAUGAAUUUUUCAUACGAUUUUUGGAAAGCCAAGAAUUCCAGCCCAGCAUUGCCAAAAAGUACAUAGAUCAGAAAUUUGUAUUACAGCUUUUGGAGCUAUUUGACAGCGAAGAUCCACGAGAACGGGACUACCUAAAAACAGUCUUACACAGAAUUUAUGGCAAGUUCCUUGGUCUUAGAGCAUUUAUCAGAAAACAGAUUAACAAUAUUUUUCUACGGUUUGUUUAUGAAACGGAGCACUUCAACGGUGUAGCUGAACUGCUGGAAAUAUUAGGAAGUAUUAUCAAUGGCUUUGCUUUACCUCUGAAAGCAGAGCAUAAACAGUUUUUGGUGAAAGUGCUGAUUCCUCUGCAUACCGUUAGGAGUUUAUCGCUCUUCCAUGCGCAGUUGGCUUAUUGCAUAGUGCAGUUUCUGGAGAAAGACCCUUCACUCACAGAGCCUGUCAUUAGAGGUUUAAUGAAAUUCUGGCCGAAAACCUGCAGUCAGAAAGAGGUCAUGUUCCUUGGGGAACUGGAGGAGAUAUUGGAUGUGAUUGAACCGUCGCAGUUUGUCAAAAUUCAAGAACCCUUGUUUAAACAAAUAGCUAAAUGUGUCUCUAGCCCGCACUUUCAGGUGGCUGAAAGAGCACUGUACUAUUGGAAUAAUGAAUACAUCAUGAGUUUGAUAGAGGAGAAUUCCAACGUAAUACUUCCCAUCAUGUUUUCCAGUCUGUACAGGAUUUCCAAAGAGCACUGGAAUCCCGCUAUCGUGGCUUUAGUAUACAACGUGCUGAAGGCAUUCAUGGAAAUGAACAGCGCCAUGUUCGACGAGCUGACGGCCACUUACAAGUCAGAUCGCCAGCGUGAGAAGAAAAAAGAGAAAGAACGUGAAGAACUAUGGAAGAAACUGGAGGAUCUGGAAUUAAAGAGGGGGCUCAGACGGGAUGGAAUAAUUCCGACUUAACAAAAAAGGAGAGCAGCAAUGUUAACGAUCCUGUGGAGUCACACAUGUAUGUAGUAGAAGAUGGAGCAACAGUUUUCUGUAUUGUGCAACUUUACAGUAGAUUUCACAUUUGUUUCAUUAUUACAACAGCCCUGUGUAUAUAUCUGUCUCUAAGUAACGGGGGGAGGAAAAAAAAAUAAGGACUUCAAUCCAAAGUUUGGACAACGGAUGGACUUUUCCUCAGAACUUUGCAAAAAUAAUCAUUGUUUUACCUCUCCUUUAAAACCAGUCUUCAGAAAGAUCCAUUGACGGGGAAAAAAUUGCCGUGUCCGAAUUCCAUCGCCAGGACCUGUCCCUUAUUUAUCAUUAGCAGAGAGUAAUACAACUUCAGAUGUGAACAAUCUUAAAAAUCUAGCUUGUCUUUCUGCUAAAACUGUUAAAUGUAUUUAUAGUAAAAGAGGAAAAAAAAGAGAGAUUGUCAUUUUUCAUAUGAGUUUGUGUAACAUCUUCUCUGGAUAACUAUGAUGUAAUUUGACUUUUUUUGGGGUGGGAGGCAGGGUGGGAGUGGGGGAUCUUUUUUUUUUUUUUUUUGCACAUCUUCACAAGUUGAAUGUUUAUACAGAUCAGGGCCGUGGAAAAAGAAAAAUUAGGGUCCUUUAAUGCUAAGAGUUUUGUUCUGGUAUAAAGCAUCUUUUUUGAGUACCAGACUUGCUUUGGUGCUCCUUCAGUGUGAACAUGACAAAUAAAUAUAAAAAAGUGGUUAUAAACAGAAUUGGGAAGUGUGCUUCGGAGUACUCAGUGGAUCAAGUUGAUGGCACGUCCAAGCUCACCUCUCCGACCGUUAUCCAAGUGUGCAGCGGCGACAACGCAGACUUCAGUAUCUGACCAGUAUUAGUUGUUACACUGUCGAUUAAGUAAACUUGACCAGGUUUGUGUUAGUUAAUAAUGAGGCUAAAUUAUUGUAUUACUAUACGUCUUCUUUGAGGCCAUUUGGAAAUAAUA